CCUCCAGCCCUGGCAGCUGAAGCCCGACCCACAACGAGCCGAGUGGCCUCAGCUUUGAGCGGAACGGCGGAGGCAGCCCCCCCUCAGGAGACCACUAGAUCACCUCUUUCUGCGGCCUCGCUAUGGCAACUUAUGGACAGAGCUGCACGCGGCCAAUGUGUAUUCCUCCAUCAUAUGCUGACCUUGGCAAAGCUGCCAGAGAUAUUUUCAACAAAGGAUUUAGUUUUGGGUUGGUGAAAUUGGAUGUGAAAACAAAGUCAUGCAGUGGUGUGGAAUUCUCAACAUCAGGUUCAUCUAAUACAGACACUGGUAAAGUUACUGAGACCUUGGAGACCAAAUAUAAAUGGUGUGAGUAUGGCCUGAUUUUCACAGAGAAAUGGAACACUGAUAACACUCUGGGAACAGAAAUUGCAAUUGAAGACCAGAUUUGUCAAGGUUUGAAGCUGACAUUUGAUACCACCUUUUCACCAAACACAGGAAAGAAAAGUGGUAAAAUCAAGUCUUCUUACAAGAGGGAGUGUAUAAACUUGGGUUGUGAUGUUGACUUUGAUUUUGCUGGACCUGCAAUCCGUGGGUCAGCUGUCUUUGGUUAUGAGGGCUGGCUUGCUGGGUACCAGAUGACCUUUGACAGUGCCAAAUCAAAGCUGACCAGGAAUAACUUUGCAGUGGGCUACAGGACUGGAGACUUUCAGCUACACACCAAUGUCAAUGAUGGAACAGAAUUUGGAGGAUCAAUUUAUCAGAAAGUAUGUGAAGAUCUUGACACUUCAGUAAACCUUGCUUGGACAUCAGGUACCAACUGCACUCGGUUCGGCAUUGCAGCUAAAUAUAAGUUGGAUCCCACUGCUUCCAUUUCUGCAAAAGUCAACAACUCUAGUUUAAUUGGAGUGGGCUACACUCAGACUCUGAGGCCCGGCGUGAAGCUUACACUGUCUGCUCUGGUAGAUGGGAAGAGCAUUAAUGCUGGAGGCCACAAACUUGGGCUUGCCCUGGAGUUGGAGGCUUAAUCCAGCUGAAAGAAACCUCUGGGAAUGGAUAUCAGAAGAUUCGGCCUUAAUUUUGUUUCCAGUGUGACCA